UUUAAAAUUAAUGGCACUGUCAGCAUGUGUAGGUACCUGGUGCCGUAUUUUUGUGAAUAAAACRGUCAUGUGUUGUGUCAUGCUGAUGACUUCCCUGUUGCUGUGUGUUGAGGACUAUUUCCUAAUUCUCUUACAGAUUGCCCUUUAAAGUUUUAAUAAAGGAUACGUUUAUUGUGGUAAUUUGUAGGACUGCACACUUUUUCAGACAAUGAAACGUUAAUUUGAAAAUGACUAGGCUGUGUUUUCUGAUGACCUGUUCUAUGUUUCUUCUUUAGGAAGCUCUUAGUGUAGCCAAAGUGCAAGUUGAGAUGGGAGCCCAGGUUCUUGAUAUCAAUAUGGAUGAUGGCAUGUUGGAUGGCCCUGCCGCUAUGACCAGAUUUUGUAACUUGAUUUCUUCAGAACCUGAUAUUGCAAAGGUGCCGCUGUGCAUUGACUCCUCAAAUUUCUCAGUGAUUGAAGCAGGUCUGAAGUGCUGCCAGGGAAAAUGCAUUGUGAACAGCAUCAGUCUGAAGGAAGGUGAGAAAGACUUUCUGGAGAAAGCCAGGAAGAUUAAACUGUAUGGAGCAGCAGUGGUUGUCAUGGCUUUUGAUGAAAUGGGUCAGGCGACAGAAACAGAAUCCAAGAUUGCAAUCUGUACCAGAGCUUAUCACCUCCUUGUGGAAAAACUGUGCUACAAUCCAAAUGAURUAAUAUUUGACCCUAAUAUUUUGACCAUAGGUACUGGAAUGGAAGAACAUAACCUGUAUGCCAUGAAUUUUAUCAAUGCUACUAAAACCAUAAAAGAGACCCUGCCAGGAGCCAGGAUAAGUGGAGGCCUUUCCAAUCUGUCCUUCUCCUUUCGAGGAAUGGAUGCCAUUCGAGAAGCAAUGCAUGGAGUGUUCCUUUACCAUGCAAUUAAGUGUGGCAUGGACAUGGGGAUUGUGAAUGCUGGGAAUCUGCCAGUGUAUGAUGAUAUCCACAAGGAACUGCUGCUGCUGUGUGAGAAUCUGAUCUGGAACAAAGAUCCUGACGCAACAGAGAAACUUUUACAUUAUGCUCAGAAUCAUGCCCAAGGGGGGAAAAAAGUGGUACAGACUGAUGAAUGGCGGAAAACCUCGGUGGAGGAGAGGCUGGAAUACGCUCUCGUAAAGGGCAUUGAGAAAUAUGUCAUUGAAGAUACAGAAGAGGCAAGGUUAAAUCAUGAAAAAUAUCCUAGACCUCUAAAUAUAAUUGAAGGGCCUUUGAUGAAUGGCAUGAAAAUCGUUGGUGAUCUUUUUGGUGCUGGAAAGAUGUUUUUGCCUCAGGUGAUAAAGUCUGCUCGAGUUAUGAAGAAGGCAGUUGGCUACCUCGUUCCCUAUAUGGAAAAAGAGAGAGAGGAGAAGAGAGCUGGACAAGGCAGCGUGGAGGAAGAGGAUCCUUACCAUGGCACCAUAGUGCUGGCCACUGUCAAAGGUGAUGUGCACGACAUUGGCAAGAACAUCGUGGGAGUCGUUCUGGGCUGUAACAACUUCAGAGUUAUUGAUUUAGGAGUCAUGACUCCAUGUGAUAAGAUAUUGAAAGCUGCUGUUGAAAACAAAGCAGAUAUAAUUGGCCUUUCUGGUCUCAUCACCCCUUCUUUGGAUGAAAUGAUCUUUGUUGCCAAGGAAAUGGAGAGAUUAGCAAUAAAGAUUCCAUUGCUGAUUGGAGGAGCAACUACUUCUAAAACACACACAGCUGUUAAAAUUGCCCCGCGGUAUAGCGCACCUGUCAUUCAUGUCCUGGAUGCAUCCAAGAGUGUUGUGGUUUGCUCCCAGCUUUUAGAUGCAAAUUUAAAGGAUGACUUCUUUGAAGAAAUAUUAGAGGAAUAUGAAGAGAUUAGGCAAGAACACUAUGAGUCUCUCAAGGAAAGAAGAUACUUGUCUCUGGAGCAAGCCAGGAGAAAAGGUUUCCACCACGACUGGCUUGCAGGCCAUAAACCAGUUAAGCCAAAAUUCAUUGGCACAAAAGUCUUUGAAGAUUAUGACCUGAAGAGAUUGACAGAGUACAUUGACUGGAAGCCUUUCUUUGAUGUUUGGCAACUUAGGGGAAAGUAUCCCAACCGAGGUUUCCCCCAAAUCUUUAAUGAUAAAACUGUAGGUGAAGAAGCAAAGAGAGUUUAUAAUGAUGCUCAAAAUCUACUGAAAACAUUGAUUAAUCAAAAGAAAUUACAAGCCAGAGGUGUGAUUGGGUUCUGGCCAGCUCAGAGUGUUCAGGAUGAUAUCCAUUUGUAUGCUGUAGAAGAUGCAGUGGGAUCUGUGGAACCAAUAGCAAAAUUUUAUGGCCUGAGGCAACAGGCUGAAAAGGACCCUGCCUGCACAGAUCCCUAUUUCUGCCUCUCGGACUUCAUAGCCCCGCUGGGUUCUGGCAUCUGUGAUUACUUGGGCCUGUUUGCUGUGGCCUGCUUUGGAGUGGACGAGCUGUGCAGUGAAUAUAGGGAGCAGGAUGAUGAGUACAGCAUCAUAAUGGUAAAGGCCCUUGGAGACCGCCUAGCAGAGGCGCUGGCCGAGGAGCUGCACGAGAGGGUCCGCAGGGAGCUCUGGGCCUACUGCAGCGGCGAGCAGCUCCAGCUCUGCGACCUGCGCCGAGGCAGGUACGAGGGAAUUCGCCCGGCCCCCGGCUACCCAAGCCAGCCAGACCACACGGAAAAACUCACCAUGUGGAAGCUGGCAAACGUUGAGGAAAGCACAGGAAUUGGCUUAACUGAAUCACUAGCAAUGACACCUGCCUCUGCAGUUUCUGGUCUCUACUUUUCCAAUCCCAAAUCGAAAUAUUUUGCUGUUGGCAAGAUAUGUAAAGAUCAGGUUGAAGACUAUGCACUGAGAAAGCAAUUGCCUGUGUCAGAGGUGGAGAAAUGGCUGGGACCCAUUUUGGGAUAUGAUCCCGAAUAACUCGGGAUGCGUGCGUGUGUGUGUGUGUGUUGUGGGCAAACCUUUUCCUUUAUUCAAUCCAUUCCCAGAAGAAAGAAUAGAGCCGGAUCUGUAAUCUUAAAUUACUGUUCUUGGUGUUGUUUUAAAAUGAUUUGUAUUGUAUAUCACUGGCUUGUCCAAAAGAAAACACCUCCCUACAAAUUCUAGUCCAAKAGGAAAAUCCCAUUGAAACCAGUUCUUUCUCUGCCCUCCAAUAGUUUGUUUAUWUUUAUUUUUGGAACUCAAUAUUUCAAAUCUCCCCUGUGUUCUUACUUUGGGUCUAUGAGUGCCUUGGAAAUCUCUUAGCCAUAGCAAUACAUUUUUAUUUUUUUCACAAAUAGUCUAGCUGAGCUAGAUACAAUGUGAGAUGUAGGAGUUGCAAAGCUCUCCUGUACUGGAUUUGAGAUGGGGAAGAAAAAUUUGUAUCCCACUGACUGUGGAUGUACAUAGAAAAAAACUUUUAUUUUUUUAAAGUAUUUUGGAUGCUGAAGGUACAGAAAUAUGAUGCAUUUUUGACUGUGAAGUCAGCAACGGUUUUAUAUAUAAGCGAGUGAACAGAAACAACUGAAGAAUUGCAAAUUUCCUUUUUUUUUAAUAAAAAAUAAUGUCUGUUCCAUAUUUAGAACUUGUGAUCUGGAAURUAAUGUCUAAAGAACAACUCAACUUUUUAAAUACACUUCACAGUGAUGGUUGUCAUUAGACGUCUCAAAGCCAUACACUGUACAGGAGUAAAACGGCACGCUGUAUCACAAACAUUAAGACAUUAUUUCAUAAAACAUUAAAUGRGCUGGCUGAGUCUGCGGAGUUGUCGCCCUGGCAGUCCUCAUGCUUCCUCUGCCUUUCUGCAAGCCACAGCCUGCAUCCACUCCGUGUAAGGGGUUAUUUUGGUAUUUCCUACCUCACAGAUGUGCUGUGGGGCCUGGUGCACCUUUUUUUUAUUAUUAUUAUUUUCUUUUUUCCCUAUGUGAGAAGUAUGAGAGCAGCCUGACUGCUGCUGUAAGCAGACAGACAGCUUGGAGGUAUCUUCAGUGGUUUACUUGCUCUGGGUAUGUGGACUAUAAAAGCAACCAGUAGCAGUGGUGCUCACCGUGCAGAGAUGUUUUGCAGGUUCUCAGCUUUGUGUUCUCUUCAUUUCAUGUGGAAUAGAUGUUUAAGUAUGUUAARGAUCUAAAAUUUCAUGCUCAGUUGUACCUUGUCACAUCAUGCGAACAUAAAUAAUCACAAACCUUGUAGUCUUGUUCUUCACGUACCUGGUUAACUCUGACUUAGUUGUUUACAGCUUUGAAURAAGUCUGGAAAGUGGAACUAGUUUAAAUCAAGAUUUAAAUGCCAAUACACUAAAAUGCUGUGAGGGUGAAAACCUGUUUGUCUGGUCUCUGAUUAUCAAGAGAAGACUAAUGCUAUGAAGAGCGUGUUCUCCUAAAUAAUUUAUCAGUAAUUAUUAAUAUUUAUAUAAUUUGUUUUAAUGUCUUCGUCUGACUUCAU